ACUAAAUUUUAGUCCAAUUCAGAAAUCUUAUUGUGCAUCACGAACCAGUAGCUGCAUCUACACAUGUUUUUCUUUCUUAAAAUGAAUUCCAAGGAGUUCUUGGAAGAAAAUCUAACGCGGCAUUACCGUAAGUACAUUGAAAUUAAGGAGCGGGAUAGAGCAGUAUAUGGUAAGCAUUUCGAGACCCUUCACACAACACUAUUUCGGAUACUACAAAAAGAAGAUCCAACGUUGGAGCAUCUCAUUGUGGAAUUCAAUUUGGAAGGUAACAUUUAUUCUGUGCAACAGCAUAUGGUGUUUUUUCUCUUCCUAUAGGUUUGGAGCCUUCAUCAAGGGGUCGAUCUGUCCUCUAACCGUUAGUAGUACAUACUUAUGUACAUAUGUAUGUAGUAGUGUAUUGUAUUUUCGAGUUCACCCAUUCUAUAGUUUGCUUUGGACUGGUUAGUCAUAAUAGUUAGACUCGUGCGAUAAUAAAUUUGUAUACCAUGUUUAUGGUAUACCCCCGCGAUAAGUGGGCCUGGUUGAAUCGCGCGUAUCGGUACCGUGAAGCCGUAAUCAAACCCAUCCUGUGCCCCGCCGUGAACGACUCGUGUCCGUACAAGAAUCGCGUCCGCCGUUUCCGCGUGAUUUAUUCGAAUAGUGUUUACUUUGCUCUUGCAGGAAGCUCGGGAGAUAUGUUAAAGAUCGCGAAACCCAACGAAUUCGAUUUGGUAUUUAAGCUCCGUUUUCCGCAUUACCGGGAAAUAAUCGUGACGCGAGAUUCGGAAAUGCCGGGCAACGUUUUACUCGAUAUAACGCGCGUACUUCAACUACUCAAAAGCGAUCCCCGCGAGGAUCAACAGAAUAUCCGCCGGCUGUUAAAAUCUCUCGUAAACGCUCAAAACAUCCUCAUCGUGGAAAAGCUGCAGCACUGGCUCCAAAGCCUAUUCAGUCGCACUCUUAACCGGCUCGAUCAUCGGAUCGUAGUGGAUGGCAAGGCAUCUAAGUUAAAGUAUCGCACUUGUGGGCCGGCUCACACCAUCGAGGUCGAAGGAAUGGAAUAUUCGGUUGAUUUUGUGCCUGCCAUCCGACUGGAUGACGCGCAGAACGUGUUUCGGACCGAACAGUUGAAUUACCACGCGAACAUACACUACUGGGAUGCGAUACCCAAACCAUUAAAAAAACCGCUCAUAACCGAAAGUAUUUCAUUUCGAUCUUCCUUUUACGAGGCCGAGAAGGCGAUGUUAAGGGGUAAACACGAGAAUUGCCGGAAUGUAAUCAAGUGCAUUAAGAAAUUUCGCGAUGUUCAGACGAAUUUACACAACUUAAAGAGCUAUUAUAUUAAGACUCUUUUUCUUUGGAAGAUUAGGUUCGAGCCGGAGUCUUACUGGUACAAGCCGCUCACAGUCAUAUUGAUCGAUAUGUUUGAGGAGUUGACGGAUCGUUUAAUGCACGGAAGACUAGACUACUUCUGGGACCCCAAGCUAAACAUGCUGGAUAUAUAUUCAAGGAAUCAAACAAUAGAAAUGUUUCGAUGUGUCCAAGGAAUGUCGGGCAAGCUAAGGAGGGUGGCUAAAGCUAGAAAUCCCACAUAUCGCAGUUUGUUGAGUGUUCUGCAGGCUUUCAGUCACAGAGAGGAACGCAUUGCUAUCCCUCGCUGUUACACGAGAAAGUCUCAUCAAAAACGUCAAAGCAAUAGGUCCUGUAUUAUCCCCCAGGAGAUUAUAAAUUUUACAUCCGGACCAAAUAGAAAAACUGAAAGAAUACAAAUAGGAGCAUCUACAUUCUGGGAUCCCGAGCUGAAAAACUUCGAUAUCUAUACAAGCGUUCAAACAAUGGAAAAGUUCCGAUGUGUCCAAGGGACAGUGGACAAACUUAGAAGGGAAGCUGGGUAUACCAUAUAUUGCAGUUUGUUGAGCGUCCUGCAGGAUUUCAGUCACAAUAAGGAAUGGAUUGCUAUCCCUAGCUGUUACCCGAGAAAGUCUUAUCCCAAGCGGAAAUGCGUCAAGCGCCUGAAAAAUCACUCCCAAUGAUGCCGUCUAGGCAAUGGGCCCUGAAUUAAUCAUGAGGAGAUAACAUUUCUUUCUAAAACUGGAUGAAAAAACACAAACUGAAUAACAAGCUUCGGCUUGGUUUCGCAAGGGCCACUUGAUGAUGCAACCAUUGCACGUCAACGUCCUAAUAAGAACAAGAUUAAUUUGGAGUAUCUCGCACUCACAGACCCAUGCACCGAUGGUACGAUGCACCGGUACGCCGCUAACAAAUAAAAUUUAAAUUCAU